AUGAGAACAUUUUUGAGCCUCGCCAUCGCCAUCGGUGGACUUGGUUUCUUCAACGUCGGAGCACAAAGCGUGCUAAGCAGCGCCAGCUCGCCUUCGGUCAGCAAUGCAGUGACCAAGCCAACGAAACCCAUCCCGAAGAUAACAGACCCCGCCAGUCUCGUCAUUCCGUUCAUCGGAACAACAAAUGGGGGCCAUGUAUUUCCUGGUGCAACCCUCCCCCAUGGCAUGAUCAAGGCAGGGAUGGACACUGAUUCUCCUGGAAAUCACGCUGGGUACGACGGGGAUCCGACUUUCAAUGUAACAGGCUUCUCGCAACUGCACGAUAGUGGUACCGGUGGCGCCGUACCGCUUUCCAAUUUCAAGCUGUUUCCAUUCCUACAGUGUUCUUCGUUUGAGAAAUGCCCUACGACCAUGGCCAACAGAAAGAUUCUUCGAAAGGUGUUACCUAACGGGCUUCCGGAUGAUUUUGCGUCACCGGGUUAUUUCUCCACCAACCUGUCCAACUCAAUUCGCGUCGAGUUGACCGCGACGCGACGAACAGCGCUCCAUCGUUACACCUUUCCGGCCGGGACUACCAAUCCCCGCCUUCUUGUGGAUAUCACCAACGAUGGUCAAAAGAGCAGUACACACCCAGUCAUGACUCUGGACCCAGACACCGCCAGAGUUGAAGGAGGAGCAGAGUUCUCUGCGUCAUUUGGUCCAGGUAGAUACAGCGCUUUCACAUGCGUGGACUUCAAAGCAGAGGGGUUCACACUGGGUAAACCUACCGAAUAUGGAGUCUGGCUGUCUAAUUUCCCGGUUCGGGGUACAACGAAUCUCUUACAAACUUACUACGGAUUCGUGUCCGAGAUGGGUGCCCUGUUUACCUUCAACCCAGCGCCCUCUGGUGGGCCAACAAGUAUUCUCGCUCGUGUCGGCGUGUCGUUCAUCUCCAGUGCUCAAGCAUGCGCCAAUGCUCAAGAGGAGAUCCCCGACUUCGACUUCGACAAAGUACAUGCCGAAAAUCGCGCGCAAUGGAAUGAUCUGCUCUCUAGGGUACAGGUUGAUACUACAGGCGUAGAUUUGGAGACUACCCAGUUAUUCUAUUCUUCGUUAUACAGAACCCACAUCUCUCCUGCAGACUACACUGGAGAAAAUCCCAAAUGGAAUUCAACAGAGCCGUACUUUGAUUCCUUGUACUGCAAUUGGGAUACCUACCGGACCCUCUAUCCACUAAUGUCCCUCCAUGAUCCGGUGACAUUCUCGAGAAUUGUACGAGGAAUGAUCGAUAUUCAAAAACACGAAGGUUGGCUACCUGAGUGUCGUGGUGCAACAGCAAUGCAUUUCAUUCAAGGCGGUACUAACGCAGACCCCAUCCUUGGAGAAUUCUUCGUAAAGUUUAGUAAACAGGCAGAAGCUUUGAAUGUGUCGCCCACAGAUCUUUACAACGCUCUCCUCGCCGAUGCCGAGAUACAGUCGCCCAAUUGGAACUUACAAGGGCGACAAGCUGACCUUUGGAAGCAAUUAGGUUACAUUCCUCAAGACCAGUUCGACGCAGGAGGUGCGAAUACCAAGCAAGUGUCUCGAACUUUGGAGCACGCCUUUAACGACUUUGCCAUCUCCCAAGUGGCCAAAGCUCUUGGAAAGACGGCUGAUGAGCAAAAGUAUUUGAAGCGAGCUGGUAACUUCGCCAAUGUCUGGAACCCCAAUAUCACUGUCCCUGACAGCCCUGGCGUGCUUGGUAUGAUGCAGCCAAGGUUCGCAAACGGGACUUUCAACUUCACAGAUCCUAGGCAUUGUAGUAUUCAUGAUCCUGCGCAAGCAACUUGCUUCUUGAAUGCAGCUGACCGUGAUGGAUUCUACGAAGGAUCCCCCAUUAUUUAUUCUCAAUACGUUCCACAAGAUACAGCCAAGUUGAUACAACUUCAAGGCGGGGUCGAAAGCUUCAUAACUCGAUUGGACUUUAUUUUUAACCAAUCCUACUUCGACUCUACCGAUGAGCCAUCUCAACAGAUGCCGUUCAUGUACCACUAUGCCAAUCGUCCUGGUCUGAGCACUCAGAGGUCUAGACAAGUCAUUGCUCAAUUCUUUAACACUUCUAGAAAUGGAUUACCCGGGAAUGACGGUGCUAUGGGGAGUUAUGCAGCUUUCUAUUUGAUUGGAAUGUACCCUCUACCGGCAACACAACAAAUUCUUUUGUCUUCACCAUAUUUCCCCCAAGUUUCGUUCUUCAACCCGUUGUUUAACACGACAACAACAAUUGUGUCUCAUGGUUUUACCGGCAAUCCUCCCGAUGGAACAGGUGGCAACGUUUUCGUGAAGAGCGUAUCGGUGAACGGGAAGCCGUAUAAAUCAAAUUGCUAUCUCGAUUGGGAUGUGUUUGUUACUGGAUCCCUGGUAGAAUUGACGCUAUCCGACGAUAUCACCCUAGGAUGUGGAAAUGGCAAGAACGCUCUUCCACCUUCGAUAUCAACAGGAGGAUAUAAUUAA